AUGUCUCCUCUCAUCCCAGCCAUCACUGCUGUUUAUUCCAUAGUGUUUGUGGUAGGACUUAUGGGGAACUGCCUCGUCAUGUACGUCAUUAUCAGAUACACUAAAAUGAAGACAGCAACCAACAUCUACAUCUUCAACCUCGCGCUGGCCGAUGCUCUGGUUACCACCACAAUGCCAUUUCAGACUGCAGACUACUUAUUAAACACCUGGCCAUUUGGUGAAGUCGUAUGCAAGGUCUUUAUCUCUAUUGACUACUACAACAUGUUUAUCAGCAUUUUUACUUUAACCAUGAUGAGUGUGGACCGGUACGUGGCCGUGUGUCAUCCUGUCAAAGCGCUGGACUUCCGUACUCCGUAUGUGGCUAAAGGCAUCAAUGUUGGAAUAUGGCUGCUGUCCUCUGCUGCUGGAGUGCCUGCUAUGGUCUUAGGGGGAACACAGACCAAUAAUGUAACUACAGAGUGCACCCUGCAGUUCCCUGAUCCUUAUGAGUACUGGGACACCUUGAUGAAGAUCUGCGUGUUCGUUUUUGGUUUUGUCGCUCCUGUCCUUAUCAUUAGCAUCUGCUACUCCCUCAUGCUUCUUCGACUUCGCAGUGUGCGCUUACUCUCCGGUUCUCGAGAGAAAGACCGCAACCUUCGCCGCAUCACCCGUCUGGUCCUAGUGGUUGUUGCAGCUUUUAUUAUCUGCUGGACCCCUAUCCAUAUUUUUAUUUUACUAAAAGCCAUCGUGGCCAUUCCUGAGACCACACCAUUAAUGGCUGCCUACUUUCUGUGUGUUGCAUUGGGUUAUACAAACAGCAGCCUCAACCCUGUUCUCUAUGCAUUUCUAGAUGAAAAUUUUAAGAGGUACUUCAAAGAAUUCUGUCUGCUAGCAAGAAAGAAGACAGAUAGAGGGAAGGGAGGGAGCAGGCUAGGGAGGGUUUCAUCUAGACAGAUUCCUCUGGCUGCAGAGAGCCCGCCAAGGACAGCAAAGCCAGCAUGA